AACAUUGACUGCCGACGAGCUGUGGAUCUUUGCUGAAGACUUCCGGUGAUUCUUCUUGGAAUCAUGAAUAGUUAAUGUCCGUAUUUGAAUAUCAUGUUUCAAACUUAGUCACGAGGGAACUCGAGUGUAGAUAUUCAACAAAAUCUCCUGAUACAUUUCUCCUUCAUUCUACCUUGUCACCAAAUAUUUCUUCACAUGGGGGACGAUUUAAAAGAAGAGGAAAAAGCGGCGUUGGAUGAUAUCAAAAAAAUUUUAGAACAACGGGACUAUAAAUACGAAUUGCCGCUUGGUAAAGGAAGUUUUGGCCACGUUGUUCAAGCGAAACAUUUGAUUGAUGAAAUGAAAUACGCCAUCAAAAUUCUCCCUAUUAAGCACGGAGAAUCAGCAAAAUAUCCAAAACGAGAGUUGGAUGUUCUUACUAAUAAAGACUUGCAUCUCAAGAACAAUAUUAAGUAUUUCUGCUGUUGGAAAAGCGACGUUUGUGACCGUCCACAUUUGUUCAUUCAAAUGGAACUCUGUCGUGUCGCCUUGGAAGUGUUCGUUUACAAGAACGAGUUCGGCGGUGCCGAGAUGAUCAAAUGUCGAGACCCACCUCGAUUUUACCAGCAAGUGUUUCCACAGAUAUUGAACGGUCUUAAUGCACUGCAUGCCAUAAAAAUUGUACACCGCGAUAUUCAUAUCAGUAAUAUCCUUAUUGCUAAUCCUAAGCCAAACAGUAUUUGUGAGAUUAAUGUUAAGAUUGCUGAUUUUGGUCUUGCUCGGGAGAUUGGUUCUGUACUCAGCUCAUCUCCCUCGUUGACGCAUGCACCAAAACUACAGAAAUUAUCUUCUGGAAUAGGAAACGAACUGUUCAGAGCGCCGGAACUGGAAACUGAUAAUUAUGAUUACAAAGUCGAUCUCUACAGUGCAGGAAUUGUGCUGUAUUUUCUCUGUCGUUACCUUGAGGAUAAAAAACUGUGGAAAAAAGAGUUUCUUGCUCUUAAAAAUCGUGAACGAGGUCAGAAUGAUUUGUAUCAUAAAGACGAUAGUAUUCUAUUUCGUCUGUUUUCAAACCUUAUGAAAGACCAGCCUGAAGAACGUCUGAAUGCUGAAGAAGCUUUAGAUAUAGCACAAGCUUGGAUUACUGGUGGAUGGAGAGAAUGGAAAGAACCAACUGAAUCAACAGACGCUGGGAAUGGUGAAGCGAAUAGAUUUUUCGUACGGGGAGAAGAGGGCGUCUUAAAACGUUGCUCAACGAACAACAAUUCGCUUUGUGGUUUGAGAGAAGAAAUAGCAAGAUGCACCGGUAUUGACACCAAGUCCCAAGUUUUGCAUCAAGAGACAGUUAUUAAUGAAAAAGAAGAACUCAUUCCUAUAGAGUCUGAUCGUGAAGUUCGUUGCAUGUUUUUGAGUGCUAAGGAAUAUAAAAAGGCUGUGGUUAUUACUGUGGCAAAAGAUCAAUCGAAGAUGGACGUGGAUUGUUGUGGAACCGGUUCAGACACAAUGUCAGAUUAUCCAUCAAAAAUGGACGAGGAAAGUUAUACAGACAUUAAAGAAGCUUAACCUUCACUUGCAGAAUUAUAGCAUUAGUUC